AUGGUAUUGGAACGGUACUCAGCCAAGAACCCUGGAAAUGCUCAGGGACUACCCUGGAGGGGCCACGUGUGGGGACGCCAGGUGGCGAAGUCUAGCCGUCUCCACAGGGGUGGGGGAGCCCCUGGGACAGAUUUCUGGGCACCUUCGUUUACCUUCAGCAGUGACUGGCUGGGUGGUCACUUCCUUUUGACGAACUUGCUGCUGGACAAGCUGAAAGCCUCUGCUCCUUCACGCAUCAUCAACCUCUCGUCCUUGGCCCACGUUGCUGGGCACAUAGACUUCGAGGACUUGAACUGGGAGAAGAGGAAGUAUGACACUAAGGCAGCCUACUGCCAGAGCAAGCUGGCCGUUGUCCUCUUCACCAAGGAGCUGAGCCGGCGGCUGCAAGGCACGGGCGUGACUGUCAAUGCCUUGCACCCCGGCGUGGCCAGGACAGAGCUAGGCAGACACACGGGCAUGCACAGCUCUGCCUUCUCCAGCUUCACGCUCGGACCCAUCUUCUGGCUGCUGGUCAAGAGCCCCCAGCUGGCGGCCCAGCCCAGCACCUACCUCGCCGUGGCGGAGGAGUUGGAGGGCGUUUCUGGAAAGUACUUUGAGGGACUCAAAGAGAAGGCUCCGGCCCCGGAAGCUGAGGAUGAGGAGGUAGCCCAGAGGCUUUGGGCUGAAAGCGCCCGCCUUGUGGGCUUGGAAAUGUCCUAUGGAUCCUCUGAGAGGGGACAGCCCCUCCCCAAGUAACUUCUGGGAGCAGGUACGAAAGCCAAAGGGAGGCAGUCACCAAGAUGGCCCAAGGAAUGCUGGCUGCCAUGUGCCUGCAGCACCCUGUAGGUGGCAGUCUUGGCUGAAGAAUGCUGGCUGCCAUGCCUGAAGCGCCCUCUAGGUGGCAGUAUUGCCCCUUUUCUGGCCACAGUGGAUUGGACAGCAGGUGAGCACCUGACCCAGGGGCUGGCUGGUACAGUGUGCCCUGCUGCCAGCAGGUGAGCUGGGCCAUCAGAUGCCUCCCUUGGGAAUCCAAACCAGGAAUUUUGGGGUGCGGCAUCAGCUCCCUCUGGUGUGGGCCAUGUCGGGGACUGGAUGGCCAUGGGCAAGGUGUCUGGCUGAUGCUUGAGUUCAUGGUCCCCCGUUGGACCUUGCACACCUCCAGUCUCCUCUCUGAGCCUUGGUUUCUCCAGCUGUGAACUGUGCAGAAUAACCUGACUACCUCAUUGGAUGGCCGUGAGUUAAUCGCUUGGCUUGGAGAAUGGCAGCUGCACAUUCCUUGCCGUUGGAUGUUUACUGAAGACCUUCUGUGUGCCAGACCCUAGCAAGGUGCUGGGGGUGCCCCCCAGGAGCAGACCGACUCAGAUCUGGCCCUGUUAUCUCCGGGUCACGCUGGGGCAGCAUGGUGGGGAGGAAGCACUGAGGAAACAGGCGGCCUUCCCUCCUAUCCCCGCUCACCAGCUGCCGUGCUGUGGGCGGCCCGCGGAGGGGCCCGAAGUGGGUCUCUCUGGGCUGAAAGCAAGGAGUGAACGGUUCUGAGAGGAAGACAGAUACCAUAUGAUAUCAUCAUUUGGGGAAUCUAAUUGAAAAAUGAAACAGACGAACUUAUUUGCAGAACAGAAACAGACUGACAGAUAUCAGAAAACAGACGGUUACCAAAGGGGAAACGUGUGUGUGAGGGGGAGGGAUAAAUCAGGAGCUUGGGCUUGACAUACACACACUACUAUAUAAGAUAGCUAACCGACCAGGACCUACUGUAUGGCACAGGGAACUCUACUCAGUAUUCUUUGAUAACCUAUAUGAGAAAAGAAUCUGAAAAAGAAUGAAUACGUGUGUAUGUAUAACUGAAUCACUUUGCUCUGUACCUGAAACCAACAUAACAUUGUAAAUCAACUAUACUCAAAUAAAAGUAAAAAAAAAAAAAAAAAAAAAAAAGAGUGAACAGGUAUCGUUCCUUCUGGAGGCUCCCAGGGAGAACCUGUUUCCUUACGUUUUUCCAGCUUCUAGAGGCGCCUGCACUUCUUGGCCUGUGGCCCCUUCAUCUGCAGAGCAGACAACGGCAGGCCAGGUCCUUCUCACGCUGCCAUCUCACUGUUUCUCCCGCUUCUGCCUCCGUCUCCUGGUUUUAAGGACUCUUGUGAUAUCACUUGGCCCAUUCAGAUAAUCCAGGAUCAUCUUCCUCCUUUAAAGUCAGCUGAUUGGAAACUUUAAUCCCAUCAUCCACCUUAAUCCCCCCUUUGCCUUGUAAAGUAACAGGGUUCUGGGGAAUAGGAUGUGGACACCUUUGGGAGGACCCACUUUUCUGCCUACCACUCUGUCCUUUUCAAAAUCUGCUUCCUUAGCACCGCCAGUUUAAUUCCCAUGCAUUCCUUUCUGCUCAAAUAAAGAGGAAUAAGCUUCAGGGACUUGCCUGGCGGUCCAGGGGUUAGGACUCCGCGCUUCCACUGCAGGGCGCACGGGUUCGAUCCCUGGUCAGGGAACUCAGAUCCCACAUGCCACGUGGCGAGGCCAAAAAAAAUUUUUUUUUAAUUAAAAAAAAAGGAGUCCGCUUCACCAGUGUUGCUUGCAAGCAAAUCAACUGAGAACAGGUUUUUAAAACCACAAACUCCCUACCCGCUAAAAAAGAAGAAAAAACUUGGGGGUGUGUUAGCAAGAAGAGGAGCUGGAAUUCAAAGUCUGAUUCUAGAACCCACUUGCUUUUUGGGGGGAGCGUUAGAGGUCUAAAUGCCCAGGAGGACGGCUAAUCUCAGGGAGAUUUGUCUGUGUGAGCAGCACACCUCAGGGCUAAUUUUAACCACAACGCUUCACAACCAAUACCUGCUUCCUUUCUGAAACGGAAACCCCCCGAGGGUCACAAACAUUGACUCACAAAUCAACCUAAUCCCCGUCUACUUCUCUGAAGCCUUUGAGGUGAUUCACAAACCUAGCUACGAUCUUCAGACUGAUGGAAGGUGAUAGAAACCAAUCUCAAACAAAACAAUGCAAAACAAAACCCAAAGCCCCAGAAGCCCAGAGAGGAGAUGGUGCAAAGUAAUAGACAGACCCCGGAAUGCAACGUGAAAAGGACGACGCUUCAGGGGGUGGGUUCUUCACAGAGGGAACCCAAGUCAGGGUCACAUCCUCAUACCUCACUCUGGGGCUUGGGAAUGCUGUCAGGAUGCCUUGGGCUGCUGAUGGCAGGACAUACUCAAAGGAUGUAAGCUGCGCUGACUUUCACCCCAGGCAAAAGCAAGAAGGAACGCUAUUUCACAGAAGUAGAAGCCCAGGGGGGUGGCAGGCUUUGAGUUCAGCGACAUCAUCAAGAUUCCUACUGCAAGACGCAGGUCUGACGAUUUCCAAUGCAACGUCAUUCCCAGGCUGGGUGUUUGUAACAGGUUGGAUGGUGGGGUGCCUCCCCCUAAAAGAUAUGUCCGAGUCCUAACUCGCAAUACCUGUGAAUGGGAGCCAAUUUGCAAAAAGUUUCUUUACCGACAUAAUUAGGGAUCUCGAGAUGAGAUUGUCCUAGAUUAUCUGGGUGGACCCUAAGUCCAACAAGUGUCCUUAGAAGACAGAGAGAGCAGAGGAGGAAGCAAUGAGGGGAUUCAGGGCAGAGACGGGGAUGGUGCGGCCUCAAAUCGAGCAGUGGCUGGAGCCCGCAGAAGCUGCAAACGGCAAGGAACAGAACCUCCCCCAGAGCUUCCGGAGGGUGCGUGCCCCGCCCCGCCCCGCCCCGACACCUUGAAUUUGGACUUCUGGCCUCUGGAACUGUGAGAGAAUACAUUUAUGUGGUUCGAAGUCACCGAGGUGAUGGUAUUUGUUACAGCAGCCAGAGGAAACUAAUGCAGUCUCUUUGGGGGGGUGGGUCACGAGAUGACUACCAGAGCCAAUUUGGGCCACUUGUUUCCUUGUUUUUUGCCCAGUGAUGGGGAGAGAAGCAUUUCUCUUUGAUUUGUCAAAUUGGGCUCAGGUCAUGUGCUCAUCUUAGAACCCACAAGAGCCCCCCAGGGAAAGGCAGAAGGUAACAGACUUCAAGCAGGGUUUCCCAACACCAGCGCUGCUAACAUUUGGGGCCGGAUAAUUCUUUGCUGUGGGGCAGGGGUCUGU